AUGGCUUCGACAUUCUCAACCUCCUAUCGUUGCUACUCUCACUCGUUUACGCCUGGAAAAGCGCGUGAUGACAUCAUGGACGGUGGCAAAAUUCUCAUGCCACCGUCGGCUUUGGAGCAUCUAACAAGAUUAAACGCUCUUAACCCAAUGACCUUUAAAUUAACCAAUACUGCGGCCGAUAGAAGCACCCAUUGUGGUGUGCUUGAAUUUGUCGCCGACGAAGGUAGAAUCUAUGUGCCUUAUUGGAUGCUGCAGAAUCUUUGCCUUGAAGAAGGGGAUUUGGUUCAUGUGAAAAGUGUUGUCUUACCAGUUGCCACUUUCGCCAAGUUCCAACCCCAAUCCACGUCUUUCCUCGACAUAUCAAAUCCAAAGGCUGUAUUGGAGUACGCUUUGCGUAAAUUCGCUUGCCUCACGGUGGGCGAUACGCUUGCGAUCACUUACAAUGAUACAAUGUAUGAACUCAAAGUCCUUGAGUUGCAACCGAAGAGUGCCGUUCGAAUCAUCGAAUGCGACAUGAGUGUUGACUUUGCUCCACCUGUGGGGUAUGAAGACAGUCAUGGAAUCAAGGAGAAAAAUUUAUCAGCUUCUGAGGAGGACAACGAGGCUCUCAUCCCGGAGCGAGUCAAAGGAUUGAGGAUUUUCGGUGGUAUGGGCUGUAGAUUGGAUGGCCGAAGCUGUGAGUCUACUACAGGCGCCUCAGCAUCUGCGGGUCAUAUCAUCUCACAACGAGGAGUACCGAACUUUGAAUACCAACCGGGUAGCCUUACUUUCCUGCGAGUAACCAAACAGAAGGCAGACGAUGGCGCAGAUGGUUUUUUCAAACCAUUUCAUGGAGAAGGUGUGAAGCUGAAGCAUGACGCUCGGAAACCCUCCUGA